AUGGAUGCCAUAACAUUCAGAUUUUUGAUGAGCUUAGCAGCGUCUCAAAAUCUUGAAAUGUAUCUCAUGGAUGUUGUGACAGCAUAUCUAUAUGGAUCUCUUGAAAAUGAGAUAUAUAUGAAAAUCCCAGAAGGAUUAAAAAUGCCUGAGGAUUUGAAAUCAAAGGCUAAGGAGAUCUGUUCGGUCAGAUUACAGCGAUCACUUUAUGGACUAAAACAGUCCGGACGCAUGUGGUAUAAUCGCUUAAGUGAAUAUUUGUUGAGUAAAGAUUACGUCAACAAUGCGAUAUGCCCUUGCGUAUUCAUUAAGAAAUCCUCUUCAGGAUUUGUGAUUAUUGCUGUAUAUGUAGAUGACCUGAACAUGAUUGGAACUCAAAAGGAAAUUGAUGAUGCAAGAACUCAUAUGAAAGAAGAGUUUGAAAUGAAAGAUCUUGGAAAGACAAAGUUUUGUCUUGGGCUCCAGAUAGAGCAUUUCCAAGAUGGUAUAUUUGUGCAUCAGUCAAAUUACACUAAAAGAGUGUUAAAACGCUUUUAUAUGGACAAAGCAACUCCUUUGAGUACUCCAAUGGUUAAUAGAUCUCUUGAUGUUGAAAAGGAUCCAUUCCGUCCUUGUGAGGAUAACGAGGAAGUGUUAGGUCCUGAAGUACCUUACAUGAGCGCUAUUGGUGGACUAAUGUAUCUUGCAAAUUGCACUAGACCAGAUAUAGCAUUCGCUACUAAUCUGCUUGCAAGAUAUAGUUCGUCCCCUACGCGCAGACAUUGGAAUGGAAUAAAACAUAUUUUUCGUUAUCUUCAAGGAUCAAUUGAUUUAGGAUUAUUUUAUCCUAAAAACUCAAAAUGUGUUUUAGUUGGUUUUGCUGAUGCAGGAUAUCUAUCAGAUCCACACAAAGCUAGAUCACAAACAGGUUAUGUUUUCACAAUUGGUGGAACCGCGGUCUCCUGGCGUUCGCAAAAGCAAACUUUGGUUGCAACGUCUUCAAAUUAUGCAGAAACUAUUGCUCUCCAUGAAGCAUGUAGAGAGUGUGUGUGGCUCCGGUCUAUGACUCAUCACAUACAAGAAUCAAGUGGAAUAGUCACAGAGAAAGAGCCAACAAAAAUAUUUGAAGACAAUUCUGCAUGUGUCACACAACUCAAAGAAGGUUAUAUCAAGAGUGACAGAACGAAGCAUAUUCCUCCAAGAUUUUUCUCAUACACUCAAGAACUCCAGAAAAAUCAAGAAGUGGACAUCGAGUAUAUUCGUUCAAGUGACAAUGCAGCCGAUCUUUUUACAAAGGCGCUUCCUACUACAGUGUUCAAGAAGCAUGUUCACAGUAUCGGAAUGCGUCGUCUACAAAACUUGUGA